AUGGGUCGCAAGAAGAAGUUCGUGGACAAGAAGAGCGCGGCGUCGUUCACGCUCAUGUACCGCGAAUCCAACGACCCCGACGCGCCCGGCGAGCGCGUAUUCGUGCGCACCGACCCCGGGAGCAACCACGUUCCGGGAUUCUCGGACGACUACCAGCCGCCGAUCCCGGAGAACGCGGAGGAUUAUAGCGGCGAGGAAUGGGAGGGGGAGGAUGAUGAGGAGGAGGGGGAGGAGGAGGAAGGGGAGGGGAGAAGCGUCGCCGGGAGCAGGACAUCCCGAGCGCAGUCGCAGGCUGUCGCACGCACGACUGAUGGCGACGACGCGGCGUCGGUCGCAGGCCGGUCGCACGCGAGCACGAGGCGCGGUGGGGGGAGAGGCCGCGAUUUAUGGGCGGGGCUGGGGUUAGGCGGGCCCCCCGGAUGGGAUGGGGAGAGCGUGAUGGGAGGAGGAGGGAGCGUGGCCGGCGGACAGGGCAAGAAAAAACUCACCGAGAGCGCCCGGCGCGAAAUUGUCGAAUUAGGGUUACCCGACGACGGUUACGACUACACGCAGCACCUUCGGGUGAUCGGGCAGACGAGGACGUUCGCUUCGUUCGUUCCCGCCGAGGCGCCCGCCGCCGCACUGCCCGACGACGUGAAGAUCUAUAAAGCCACGCGCCUUACCGUGCGGCCCGACACGUCAGCGGCCACGACAGCAGCCGCCGACGCGCCGGUUGCUGACCUGGAGGUCGUGGCUAAGAUCUCAUCCGUCAUCAAGGAGAUUCGGCCGAAGCGGGGAUUCACAGCCGCCGCAGCGCCAGCACGCGCGGUUCAAACUGCAGCGCAAGCGGGGGAAGCUGCGGGCGGGGAAGGCAGCGCAACUUACCUGGGUGUUUCAGGGCUCGAUCCGGAGGUUUUAGCGCUGCUAGAAGGGGACGGCGGAGCGGGGGAAGCGGGGGAGGGGGAGGAGGGGGAAGAUGUUUUCGGAGAGCUAGAAGACGACUUUGUGCUGCUGGCGACGGCGGGGGGGGAGGAGGAGGAGGCGGAGGCGGCGGAGGUGGAUGAGGCGGAAGAUGGGGGGAACGAGGUAGCGCGGGAAGGGGAGGGGGGGGAGUUGGCGGAAGAGGUGGCGGGCGGGGGAGCGGCAGUGGACGCGGUCGUUGCGCCAGGCGCGGAAAGCCUUGCAAGCGAGGUUGAGGGUUUGGGGUCUAAGGGGGAAAGGGAGAAGCUUGGCGGGGAAGCGGCGGAGCGCGCUGAGGCUCAGCGGAGGGAGGCGGCGGUGGGCGGGGAGGAGGCGCGGCGGAGGGCGGAAGAGGAGGCUAGGAGCCGCGCCCAGGCGGAGGAGAACCUGAGAGCGCUGGAGGAACAAGUGAUGCUGCUGGCUGAACGGGAAUACGCGGAUGCUGACGUGGACGACUUCUCUGAUGACGAGGACGGAGGCCACCGGGGCGGCGGGGGGGCGGCGGGAUCUGCAGCAGGGCAUGCAGACAUUUCCAUGUUCAGUAACGUGCUGGACGACUUCCUGGAAGCUUCCCGGCGGGAGAGCCUGCUGGAGCUGCGGAAGGGGGGAGCGGUUGUGCGGAUGGGGAAGGGGGAGGGCGGGGGAAAGGGGGAGGGCGGAGGGAAGGGGGAGAGCGGGGGGAAGGAGGAGGGUGGGGAAACAAAGGAGGGGGAAAGGAAGGGAAGUGGGGGAAGAAAGGGAGAGGAGGGCAAAGAGGAUGGAGAGGAAGAGAUAGUGGCUGUUCCCAUUUCCCCUGGUGAGGCCGAGACGGGUGGGAAGGCAGGGGACACGAAAGAGAAUGAAGAGGAGGAAGAGGAGGAGGAAGAGGAGGAAGAGGAGGAGGAAGAGGAGGAAGAGGAAGAGGAGGAAUAUGUUUCGGAGGAGGAGGAGGAGGAGAGGGAGAGGGGCAAGUGGGACUGCGAGUCGAUAGUCUCCACCUACUCUAACCUCGAUAACCAUCCCGGACGAAUCUCAGCCCCUUUAAAUCCCCGCAGAAAGGGGAGCAGGGCGGGAGAGGCGGCGGCAGGAGGGGCAGCGGCAGGGGGAGGUGGUGGGAGGAUUGGGGUAGAGGAGAUAAGGCUGAAGGGGCGAGCGCAGCUGCCGGCUGGUUUUGUACCGGGGAGAGUGGGGAGGGAGGGGAGUGGCGGUGUGAUGGUUGGGCAGUUUCAGGGGAUUGAGGAGGACGGGGACGAGGAGGCAGGGGGUGUUGUGUUUGUGCGGCCGAGAGGGAAGGACAAGGAGACGCCUGAAGAGAAGAAAGCUCGCAAGGUAGGGCUUUUGAGGCAUCUGAAAAGGCGCCUGAGUGGAAGGAAGACAGUACUACCCAGUGGUGCUUUCACCCCGUCAAUCUCCUCCCCAUGCCCCCCUCACUUUUAA